AUGUCUGAUGAAAGUUUUGACGACGAUGAUCACUUACUUAUGGAGCUCGUACGAGCUACCCAAAGACCUCCAGCUGGAAGCAGUACUGCUUGGACGAAUGGCACAAACCAGGAUACAAUCGUGAAUCCACAAUCAGAAACCGAAAAACGACUUUUCAGUGCUGAUGGAGAGAUUGCUAUUCUUCGAGCGCAGAUACAAUCAUUACAAAGUCAAAAGACGGAAGAGAUAACGCGUCUCCAGAAUCAACUUGUGGCAGCUAAGACGCUGGGAGAGGCACAAGUCCACGCGCUUAAACAGUCAGUUCAGAGACUUGAGGAUGAAAAGAAGUUUCUUGGUAAUGAAGUUAGGGCUCUAUCGUCUUCCAAGAGAAGAAAACUCGACUCUCUUGAAGAAGAACAAGCGAAGACGAAGAUAAGUGUUCUAGAUGCUACAAGUAACGCCAUGGAAUCAAAUGAGUUCCAGAGUCAUCGUGCCCAAAGCGCAUUCUCAAUUCAGAUCCAGGAUGAUUGGUCUCAAUUUUGCACCCAUGUGUGGAAUUCUACUAUCUUGGGCAGUCCAAGAACUAAUGCUGGCUUCUUGGAGAAAAUCUCGAUUGAGGAACCAAUCUCACUUAACGAAAAGCUUCUAGUACCACGUGAGGCACCCCUUAUGCCAUGUAUUUGGGCAUUCAUUUUACGACACAGGGACUUGAGAUUGGACAAGCUUGUCCACACAUUUUGUGAUCAUCUCGUAGGCCUUAUAAAAGAGCUUCUUGUACGAGACAAGCUGACACUACCAGUUCCGUUUCUUAUCUCCAUGAUCAAUUCUGCUAUUAGCUUCAAAAGCAGUGCUGUCAGCGAAAGCUUAGUUCUACUAUUGACCAAAGAGUUGGCAACCAUACUGAAGCGCUUUUUACAUUUGCUAGAUUGGGCUUUCGAAGCAGAAGAUCCACUCUUGGGUAAUCAUGGAAAAACAUAUCAAGAGCAAGUUCUUGAUCGUUUCACUAUAACGCUUCUUUUCGACGUGAUAGAAAAUGCAGUAAUGCUAGCCACUCAAUACGGAUCUUCUUUUGUUAAGUCGCUUUGGAAUUCUGACCUGAUGGACGUAGAGCUUGUUUUAAAGCUCCUACCGGAGAAUACUGAACGCUUCAAGUCGGCGGCUCAGCCAAAUCUUCUAUUCAAUUUCGUUGAGAUGUUUUCUUCAUCGCUUAUUGAAGAUGGAAUCGCAUUAUCUGAUGAACGCCUCGAGAAGCAGCUUGUUACAUCAUUAAUCAAAGUCUUUCUUAUUGACGUGGAGAUAAAGCAUGAUUCGAUGUUUUUCGGUUUGAAUCGUGCAUUGGGAAAUAACCUUGAUCUCGUUAAAAUCCUUCAGAUGGUCCCCGACGAUCCUAUGCCCCUCACAGGCCAACCUUUCGUCUCAGUACCAUGUCCAACAGACGAGAAGGGCCUAAGUAAGGUCGAACGCUUUAGAAUGCUUGAAGCACAUGAACAUCAUAUAUUAAGUCUAAGACUCCGCAUUGCUAUCUUUUUGGAGUCUCUUAUCACGGCUCCCUCCGCAAAAACGAUGGGGAUCUUGACUUGCAAAGAAAGCAUGAAAUCCAUUGUUCGGAUUAUUGCAUUAGAACAAAACCAAAUCAUUCACCAGCCUCGCUCCAAACAUAUUCAUAUGAGAAUAUCUAUAGUGGGAAUCUUCCUCAAAGUGCUAUACUUUAUAGCUGGCGAAAUCGAGAAUAUCAACACGAUUAUAUACCCGGAAACGCUUUACGAAUUAUUUGUGGUGCUCAUGCGAAUAGCAUUUGGUUCAGAUACUCUAACACAAGAGGCCACGAAAAUCCUUACAAGCAUUCGAUGCCUGGGUUAUGUUCAUGUCCCUGUGUUCAAUAAAUGGUGCGAGGGUCGAGCUAGGCAGGUUGCCCACUUCAACGCUUAUGAUGCCAGCCCAGAGAAGCUAGCGGAGUUGGCAGCUAUCGAAAGUGACUUUGCAAAUGGGCUUGAGGUACCCUACGAGCAAGAUACUAUUGAGAUCGCUAGAGAGAUAUUGAGCCUCUGUGUCAAUCAUGAUGAAGCUGACAAUCUCUACUUUAAUAUGAACUACGAAGGAGAAUAA